AUGGCUGUAGCGCGACCUAUCUUGGGAUUGAUUUCCCUCAUCCUCUUGGGCGCAGGACUUCUCUUCCAAUUCUUCGUCAUUCUCUCGGGCGUUGCAAACACGACUCCCCUCAACAAGACAUACUUCAUCCAGGUCGACACAGCAGGAACCUCGGCUGCUCGAAACCCUUUGCGCUGGACCUUCUUCUACCUCUGUGGUGAACAGAAUGGCCUCAACGCAAACUGCGGUUCUCCCGUUCCUGCUCGUCCUUUCGACCCUCCAAGAAACUUUGGCAGUGACCAAGGCGUUCCUCAAUCCUUCAUUGGAUCCAACCACUACUACUACCUCUCGCGCUUCAUGUUCGCUUUCUACCUGAUCGCUCUCUUCUUCGCUGCCAUCGCUUUCCUCACUGGUAUUCUGGCUCUCUGCACUCGUCUCGGUUCCUACCUCUCCGGCCUCACUGUUGCCGUUGCUGCCUUCUUCCAGGCCCUCGCUGCCGCUCUCAUGACUGCAUGCUUCGUUCAAGGCCGCAACGCUUUCCGUCGCAACGGUCAGGAUGCCCGUCUCGGUCGCUACGGCUUUGGCUGGACCUGGGCAGCCUUUGCCGCCUACUUCCUCGCCAUGAUCCUCUUCUGCGUCGGUGGUGCCGUUAGCAAGUCAAGCGACCGCACUCCCCGCAAGGGCGGUAUGUUUGGUCGCAAGGCCAGCACCCGCUCGCGUGGCAGCUUCAUCGACUCCGAGAGCCAGAGACGCGUCAAGGAGGAGUACGAGUAA